GCAGCGAGUUUCAAAAACAAGAGCGAGGCAAGGCGAGGCGGGUAGGGCAGUUGUGAGUGCAUACGCAUUGGCUGACACAUCGUACAAAACUGCACGAAAAUGAGCGUUUCACUUAGUAACGGUGUUUUCAAGUCGGUGAAAAGAUCGGACGAGGCUUUUAGAGAACAACGGCGUAAAAGAAUGGAGGAGUUACUUGCCAAAAGAAAGAAGACAUUCGAAACAAUUCCAAAAAAGGUGGAUGCAAGGUAUAAAGAAAAUCUCCAUAAAGAUCCUAUAGACCAUAAAACAAAUAUGGUCAAUAAAGAAAAUAAAAAGCCAGAAGCUACAAAAAAGAAAGCCCUUAUGAUGGAAAAUCCACAAGAUCAGCAUUUUGAUAAUGGAAGCUGCAGGAACAGUGGUGACAAGGCAAAUAUUGUCCUUUCCAAGGCUGAGAAGAAAGAACAAGGAGACGCAAAAGAAACUGAAAAAACAACGGAUCUUGAAGUAAGACGACCUACAACCUUGACCCAGUCCUUCCUCGUUCAAAGAAAUAGCCAACAGAAACAACUAAUUGCUGAAAAAGCUUUAAAUGCUGUGCAGUCUGAUCCAAAUGCUUCCAAGUUUAUUCUUGGUUCCUACCGAGGCAAAAUCGUUCAAUCUAAGAUAAGUACUUUUCGGGCACCCAAAACCAGUAAUGAAAGAAACGUGAAAUCUGAGGUUCCAGUUACUGGAAGGCCAGAGGCUGUAAAAGCACCCUUGGUAAAAAGCAAGGCUAAUGUCAAUAAACCAGACUUAAAUAAAAAGAAGGUCACAACCACUAGGUCAAAAGAGAUGGAACCACAAAUGACAAAUUUUGGGACAAAGCGUUCUGCUGAAAAUGGCACAGUAGGCAGUCGUCCUAUGCCCUUGGCCAAAGGGAAUGAAAGGCCAGCUGUUCGACCAAAGGUUGGGACAAAAGUGAAGGCACUUCCAACAAAAGACACAAAAAACAUUGGUGAACCUCCAAAGUCACAAGAAACCGGUGGUAAUAUCAAGAGUCGGUAUGCUAUUAGAAAUGAGACUGCAGAAGAACGAAGAGCAAAACUUGCUGAAUGGCUAGCAUCUAAAGGAAAAACGCUAAAAAGACCCUCCAUGGCAGGACCUGUGCCCUCCACCAUUAAAAAGAACCCCAAAGACGUACCUCCUGCAACACCUUUGAAUGAUCAUGUUGAAGAAGAACCAGAACACAGUUCUGAUGAAAAUAAGACAGAAGAGCACAUUGAUGAACUUUGUUCUGUAUUAUCAAACAUGUUGCCACCUUCUAAAUCUGAAGAUGUCCUAGAAGUACAACCUGAAAUCAUGAGGCCUGACUUUGAAUUGGCACAACCACUUUCAAAUAAAACCGAGGAACAAUUGGUUCAAGCUGAUAACUGUGAUGUGAUAAAGGAAGAAGAAGAGGAGGAUGAUUUUGAAAAUAAAAGUGAGUUUGAAACGCCUGGUAAAAUGGAAGAGAACAUAACAGAGGAGGGUUCGUUGAUCAAGUUUAAUGUGAAGACUACUCCUUAUUUACAAAGUAUGAAGCAAAUGAUGAACAUAGACGGCAACAAAGGUGCUAUUAAAGAUCUGAAGUUUUUAACUCCUGUUCGGCGCUCCCAGCGAAUUAUGCGCAUGUCUAAUCAGUUGCCUGAGAUGCUAAUGGAUCAUGAUCCCUGCAUUGCAUCACUACCGGAACUGGUCAGCUUAGGUGGUGAUGCCAAUGCGUUUAUUCUCAGACAAAAUACACACCUUCAAGAAGCUGCAGGUCUACAAGAAAGUGUUUAAAAGUAGUUAACAGCACAUGUUCACUUUUUGUGUUUAAACUAUGCAAUGCUGUAUAAUAUUUAAACGUCUAGUUCACAGUGCUUAUGCUAACACUUUUUUUUUAAUUUGUACAUUAGAAUACACUGUGUGCAAAUUAGUUGAAUAGUACUUUUCAGGUCUUAUGUAUGUCUAACCAUAAUGUGAGCAAUUCUACAUCAUUUUAAUCACAUUUGACAAUCAUCCUUGCGGGAAGUCUAUGAAAGUAAACACUAUAGCUGUAUAAUGUACAAAAAGCAUCUUUGGUGUAUUCAAAUACAUAACUUUAGUUUAGAGUGACAACUCACAUUUUUAUCAAAGACAUCUUUUAACCAGGAAUUUAAAAAAAAAAAAACACACUAAUUGUAUCAGGAAAAAUAAUGGGUUUAAUAUAUUUGCAUAAGAUUCUAACUAUACUAUUGUUUAAGGAAAUAAAAUGUAAACCAUGACAAACAGCAAAUAUGCAUAAGAUGGCAAAUUAUGUGUAAUGUGGGAAUAUGUUGCAGAGAUGGCACAUGUUAGUUGUAGCUGUUCUAUGUUUGAAUUAAAAAUCUGUGCCGUUAUAAUUCAUUCUUACGGUCACCACUACUUGUAUAUGACAAGCACAGAAUUUUAAUCUAUAGUUUGUAUCUAAUUUAUUUGGUCCUAAAAUUCCAAAAAAUUAGUCCUAAUUUUUUUUUUUUUUCCUCAUUUGUCAUUUUGCACAUUUACUAUUUAUAUACAGCUAUGGUUUUGUAAUAUAUGUACGGUAUGAAUAUUGUUAAGGUACUUUUAGAUAUUGCCCCAUUUAUCUAGAAUACCCUAAAGGUUUUCUGAAUAUUGGAGUAUGUGUGGAGGCACCUUUUGUUGAAUGAGGUAUUGUAUUAACACCUUGUGAUACUACUGUCAUGUUUGUGAAGGUAAAUACAGUCCGAUGAGAUUGACUAGGUAUGUUCAGGUUCUUACAGAGUACACAGAAAAUAGUGAUAUUGCAUUACAUGAAUUAUUUGAUUCUUUUCAUAUUAGCUCGUUUCCAUGAUGAAAAGCAAAAGUCUUUCAAUGAGAACUAAAUGUUAAUUAUCAUGUAACAGCAUUGAGAAGUAGUAUUUCAUUUCCAGUAUACAUUUUAUAUACUGUGCCUAAUGAAUGAAAAUCUACAUUAUGUAAGUUAUGCAAUGUCAUCUAAAAAAGAAAUCGCAGUAAACGGAAUUAAGCACUUCUAAUUUUUGGCGUUUCUUCCAUUAUCACUCUGUGCUUUUGUUCAUCACUAACACUAGUAUAAUUGCUGAAAGCUUCUGUUUAAGAGAAAGGUAUGUUAAGAUGCUAGGAACAUUUUGCUGCUAAAUAUGCAUGCUCUUGGAACUUGCAGGUCUCUCUCGUAUAUCGAAAUUUACCUUCAUUAAUACAAAAUGCUUGCAUGUAACAUACAUAUAUACCAAACUCCAGUAGCACGUGUGCCUGAUAUCUCUCUCUCUCUCUCUCUCUCUCUCUCUCUCUCUCAUUGGACAGGAACACAGAUAUACUUGCUAAUUAAUAUCACGACUUCCGUAAAAAAAAAAAAAAAAGCCAAAAUAAAUCCACAAAUGGACAAAGUAUCCUGAAAAUGACUUGUGGUAGUACUGUAUUAUAAUCUUUAUGCAGAAGUGUUGUGUAUCUUGGAUUCAGUGUGGGAAAAAAAAAAUUCAUAAAAAAAAAAUAAAUGGAAAUCUUUUAAAAUCCACAUAUGAAGCUUUCAGAGUGGAAAGAUAUAAAAUUAUUGGCAUUUUUAUGUUUGUGAAUUAAAGUAAAUAUUUGGAAACUGUGUCACAAUCAGAUCAGAUAUUUAGGAAUACAAAAUUAGGGGAUGGGUUAAAUAGAAUAUUAUUGUAAUAGGACCUCUUUAAUCUGCAGUUAACAAGACUGGCUUAACCUACUUUUAAAAUGGAAAUGGACUUUUUUUUUAAUUUUAUUAUUAUUGUGUGUCGUAGAAGAGCUGUAAAUGAUCUUUAACACAUAUAUUUUGGUCUCCGCUGGCAGUAUGAUUUGUGUGACUCUGGUCGCACCUAAUUGUUCUCUUGGCUGCUCAGGUGGUUAUGUAUUUUUGUGUCUGUAUUUGACUUAAAAUAAGUAUGCUUUGGAUAGUGUCAUUUUAAGCAUCUUUGCUAGCUAAAUUGCAAAAUACCAGAAAUGGUCUUUGAAAAUGUAUGAUGUUGUUGAUGUACUUAAUAGUUGUCAUUGGAUAUCAUUUAGUUUUUACUGGCUCAUGCUGAAAUUGUACUAAGAAAGCAUAUUUUAUUGAGAAUAUGGUUAUCUAUCUUGUUGUUAAAAUAUUUAUUACCAUGAAAGACAGUCCUGUCCGUCUUUAUUUACAGUAAAUGAAAAGUCAAAAACUGCAUAACCAUGAUGUCCAAGAGCUCAGUAGUAUACUGGAGUUUGGGUGGUGGUGUUUAUUCUCCCCCUCACCACUAACACAAAUAAAACAGAAGGAAAGCCAUGAACUCUGGGCAAAUGUUAGAAACAUUACACGUAUUCAUGUCAGUAGGCCUCCAAGACUGGAGAAAAAGCAUCUUUAUGACAGUGUUUGGCUUAAUCACUGCAUACAGUCAUUGGCAAAGAAACGAGUAUAACUUUUGUGAAUGUUAUAUCAACAUGUAACACACAUUUUUUUUUCUUAGUUCUCUUAGACUUUUAAUUUAACUUUACGUAUUUUAUGCGAGUACAGUACUUGUAGAAACUGAACACUCCAUUAUCAAAAUCUGCAUGAUAAUACAGGAUUCUUCCCACCCCUGGCAUAAACGACUGCAUUUACCUCCGCGGUGUGGCAGAUGCUACCAUAGAUUUCAUUUCAGGUCAUACAUGCAACUUCACACCAAUCAUUGAGUCACACUGGCAGUUUGCUUUCUCCCUUUUUUUUUAUUUCAUUGUCAUUUUUAAGAAAGUAACACUCAAGAGAUUGUGUUGGCAGUAAAUUCAAUCAGGUGACAAAUAUAUUGUUAAAUGAGUUUAGAUUUAUAGAUUUGUCCAAAUUCCCCAACCAUUGCUUCCUUGUUGAUCAGGGAUUUUUAUUGUUUUUCUUAUUUUUCUGCAUAUAGGAAGUUUAUAUUGUUUUGUGUGUGUGUGUAUAUUACACAAACAUGCACUAUAUAGAUUAGUGUGUGUGUGUGUGUGUGUGUGUGUGUACAUAUUUUAUAUGUAAAAUAUUGUGAAGGGAAAAAGAAAUUCAGCUUUGGAUUUUGAUCAGAUUUAUAUAUUUUUAGGCAUCCCUUUACAACAUUUGUCUGUAGACCUAGUGAUGUACCGUGCAAAGAGAAGUGAAAUGAAAUGACACCUUUUAUUGGCCAUCUGUGUAUAUUGCAAUAUGAAAGCUUUCAUGGCAGCACAUGCUCUUUCUUUCGGCAAGGUGAGGGGUCCCGAGCUGCCUCAGACACUUGCAUAUUGUAAUCUACUCAGUUGAUUAAAAGGUGUUAUUUUUACUUCAUGUCUUAUUGCAGUCUGUAGACGUAGAGUAUUGUUUAGAAUGAAUGUUAAGCUCAUAAAUUGCUGUUGAUUUUGAUCAGCAUCAGUCUUUAUUAGUAGAUUUCCGGGGUUGGGUUGGGAGUUAGAGAGAGAGAGUGAGCUACUGUAUAUACCAUAAUAUACACCGAGAAAGUAACUGUGGUGUUGUCAAAGUUUUGGCAUUUAAGCCUUAAUGAAUGAAACCUGUUUUGGUACUUUACCUUUUUUUGAGUUAUACUUAAGGAAUUUAAAAUGAGCAAAGAAUAUCAGGCUAACACAGUAGAUAGUUCUGCUGCCUCAUGGUUGCCGAGUUCUGACUUUAAAUUCAGGCUCUGCCUUUGACAGUGUGGUUUUUUUGCAUGUUGUGUCUGUUGGUUUUCUUGUUGUACCAGGUGGCGCCCAGAUACUGUCAUCUUUUUGCAGAAAUGCUGUAUUAAGCAGGUUCUUCAAAUGCCCCGCUCCUUAAUUGGAUUAGGUUGAAUCAAAAAUAAUGGAAUAAGUAUAAAAUGUAUUAAAAUAAUAGUUGAUAC